GUAAGCCUUUUUACGUCAAACUGAAUCCCUCCGCCAGUGUUAUUGAACGACUACACGCGUCUCACCAUGGCUUUGUUUACAACUCUUUUCCUACUUGAUGUAUUCGUGCUUGAUGUUUUUUGUGUAAUCUAGACCAGACACAAAGUUGCGUUUUAAUUUCUACCCGAGAUCUAUUUUUCCGAGCGGCAGCGAGCGAGCAACAUCAGAUCCGGCUGUGACGUUUGUGGCGCCAGAAAUCAAGGGUUCAGAGAAGGCUGAGCUCCUCAGCUGUCGGUUAGUUUUGGUGCUUCUGUCGGCGACACGGCGAGUGAUUUGAUGCCUUCAGGAGGCACGGGUGCUCGCAUAUAAGGCCACUGUGGGGACAACAUGGUGAUACUACGCAGCAGUGGCGGUGUCGGAGCCGAACCAGUGGAGUUGGACACUAGCUCGGAGUUUCUGUCGCUGCUUCCCGCGUCGCAGAGAAAGUCCAGCCGGCUGACGCGCGCCUCCCGCUCCCUGGACUAUGGCUUCAGCAGUCCGGAAAACGACACUAUAAACGGCCACGCUGACAUGAAGUCAAAUGAGGGAAGUAGAUCCAGAAGGACCAGAGGGCAGAGGGUUAAAAUGGACGACUCCUUCGCAAACCUGGAAUCAAACACCACACCUGUGACUGAUGAUACGACUGGAGGCUCCUGUAUCAGGAAAUCCUCCCGACUGCAGAGGGAUGGGAAGUCAUCAAAUAAGUUGGAAGCAGAUGUUCCAGAUGAAGUUGAGGGAUCUUCAACUCCAAAAAGGAGCCACUUUAACCUUCAGAGUCGGGUCGAUGAAGACGAUGACGAUGAGGACCGCUCGGUGCGUCGCAGUUCCAGAAUUACGAGAUACAAACUGGAUUCCAGAAAUCAGUCUGUGCUGUAUGAUCGACUCAUUACAAACACUGCUGAGGCAGUCCUUCAAAAAAUGGAUGACAUGGAAAAGAUGCGGCGCAGGCUGAGGAACAGAGACACCAAUCAAGAGAUGGGUGUGUACACAAGAGGACCAUUAAAAAGAUCGCUGAGGUCCAAUGUGGAAAGAAAAGUCGAAGAAAAGGGGGAGCAAGUGGCAGAUGAGGAAGAUAAUGAAGAUGAGGAAGAAGAGGAAGAAGGGGAAGAUGAUGAGGAAGAGGAGGAGGAAGAAGAGGAGGAAGAAGAGGAUGAAGAUGGCGAGGACGAGGACGAGGACGAGGAAGAAGAAAACCAAAGGCGUUACCACUUCAGACAGAGGAAGACAGUUGUUCGCUACCAGGCUCCGCAGGAAGAACCCAGAGAGACUAGAAAGCGUGGCAUAUACUUCAAACACUCACACUCAUCCCCCGCCAGGUUCAGAUUCAGUUCCAGGGCCCCCAGGAGCCCGUACAGUUUAAGAACCAGCAGGAGUAGUUCAAAUAGGAGGCGACACGCCAUUCACAGUAGCGACUCCACAUCAUCAUCUUCAGAUGACGAGCAGUUCCAGAGGAGGAGAAGUAAGAGUCACAGUCGAUCGGUGAACAGGUGUCUUCCUAUGAAUCUACUAAAAGAGGACCUGCUGGGAAUCCACAAGGACAGAAUGAAAAUAGGAGCGAGUCUUGCUGACGUGGAUCCAAUGCAGAUAGACAAGACUGUGCGAUUUGACAGCAUUGGAGGCCUGAGUAGACACAUUUCAGCAUUGAAGGAAAUGGUGGUCUUUCCUCUUCUUUACCCAGAAGUCUUCGAGAGGUUCAAGAUGCAACCACCAAGGGGUUGUUUAUUCUAUGGACCUCCGGGAACAGGGAAGACCCUGGUCGCCAGAGCGCUGGCCAAUGAGUGCAGUUCUGAUGAGAAGAAGGUCUCUUUCUUCAUGAGGAAAGGAGCUGACUGCCUCAGCAAAUGGGUGGGAGAAUCUGAGAGGCAGCUCCGCCUGUUGUUUGAUCAGGCGUACCAGAUGCGUCCCUCCAUCAUCUUCUUCGAUGAGAUUGAUGGUCUGGCUCCAGUGAGGUCCAGUCGGCAGGACCAGAUCCAUAGCUCUAUCGUGUCCACUCUCUUGGCUCUCAUGGAUGGAUUAGAUAGCAGAGGAGAGGUUGUGGUGAUUGGAGCUACAAACAGACUGGACUCCAUUGAUCCAGCUCUCAGGAGACCGGGACGAUUUGACAGGGAGUUCCUCUUUGGUUUACCUGACCGAGAGGCGAGGAAGGACAUAUUGAAGAUUCACACUCGACUGUGGAGCCCACAGCCCUCCGAUGGAUUUCUGGAAGAGCUUGCAGACAAAUGUGUCGGUUACUGCGGCGCAGACAUUAAGGCGGUGUGUUCAGAGGCUGCCCUUUGUGCUCUUCGUCGUCGCUAUCCUCAAAUCUACUCCUCAUCCCAGAAACUUGUGCUCGAUGUCAAUUCUAUCGCCAUCACACACAGAGACUUCAUGUCAGCCAUGUCAAAGAUGGUUCCUGCAGCGCAAAGAGCUGUUGUUUCACCGGCCAAAGCUUUAAUUCCUGCCAUUCGUCCGUUGAUGUAUGCUGCCCUUCAAAACAUCCUCCAGACCGUCAGCAGAGUAUUCCCACAUGCUGAGCUGGGUUUGAAGAGAAAGAGAGAUCAAGUUCAUCCCCUUCCGUUGUCCGAUGACGACCUGAUUUUCAGUGAAGAUGAGGUGGACUGCACUGCCCCCAAUUCACCACUCAAAAUGCAGACGGCUAAAGGAACACUGGACUUCAACAGGAGUGUGACAAGUCAGCCAACAUCUUACCGCCCCAGACUGCUGUUGGUGGGUCGACCUGGAUCAGGGCAAAGCUCUCACUUGGCCCCCGCUGUGCUUCAUGCUCUGGAAAAGUUCACAGUGUACACUCUUGACAUAGCUGUGUUGUUUGGAGCCAGUGCGACUGCACCAGAGGAGACCUGUGCCCAGAUAUUUGUCGAAGCAAAGCGGACCUCUCCGAGUAUUCUGUACGUCCCACAUAUUGGACAGUGGUGGGAAACAGUUGGCCCAGCGAUGAAAGCCACAUUCCUCAGCUUACUAGGCUCCAUCCCUGCCUUCGCUCCUAUCCUGCUGCUUGCCACGUGUAACUUCCAGUAUUCCCACCUCAGUCUAGAGAUUCAGGAACUGUUCAGAAUUGAAUACGGGGAGGUUUUCCAGGUUCCUGUUCCCACCAGCAGAGAGAGAAGAAACUUUUUUGAGGACUUGAUUUUGAACCAGGCUGCCAGAGCUCCACCAUCCAGGAAGAAAGCUGUGCUCCACGCUCUGGAGGUGCUUCCUGUUGCUCCUCCUCCGGUGCCUCCGAAGCUGACUGAACAAGAGACCAAACGUUUAGAGGAACAAGAGGAAGACACCCUCCGAGAACUUCGCCUUUUCCUCCGUGACGUCACUAACCGUCUGUCCCAAGAUAAGCGCUUCAAAGCCUUCACCAAGCCUGUGGAUUUAGAAGAGGUUCCAGAUUACGCCGAGGUGAUCAUGAAGCCCAUGGACCUGUCCACUGUCCUCUCUAAGAUUGACCGGCAUCAGUAUAUGACGGUCAAAGAGUUUCUUGAAGACGUGGAUCUUAUUUGGAAGAAUGCUCUUGAAUACAACCCGGACCGGGACCCCUCAGACCGUCAGAUUCGCCACCGAGCAUGUGCCCUUAAGGACACUGUCCACGCCAUUAUUAAAACAGAACUUGAUGAAAACUUUGAGAAGAUUUGCCAGGAGAUGAAGGUUUCUCGCGGCCGGAGAGGCUGCGCGACUGCGCUUCAGGCACCGACCUUCUACAAUGUACUACCGAAACAGCCCAAAUCUCCAGCAGAGGUCAAGGUCGCUGCAGUGACCCCACAAAGGGACCCGACUACUUCCACAGCUGCACUCACUCCUAAUACAUCUGCUGCUAGUGUGACAACACCCAAGAGCUCAACCCAGAAGAAGAGACGCCGUAAGGGACGCUGGUCUUCUGGCAUUUAUGCAAAGAAGAAGCACUCCUUGUCUCCUCAUGUAUCCAGGGAUGAGGUUCUUGUAGAUUCUGAAGAGGGAGAUAAGGAUGGUGAACAGGAGAAUGACAAAACAGGGGAAAUAGAUAAUGAUGACGGGAAGGAAGGAGAAGGUCCAGAGCUGGUAGAUGAUGUAGAAGCAGGCUCAGCAUUGACUGAGAAAGGCUCCAAUUCCUCCAAUUUAUUAGCGUCCAAUAAUCCGGCGGAUGCUCUGGAACUAAAAAAACACUCAGACCAACUGAAAGAGAUUGGGGAGGACAAGACUGUCCACGAUGAAGAGGAUCCUGACAAGGAUGUCCAUGAAGGAGUGCCUGGUGAAACCUGCGGUCAAGAACCUUCAAAAGCUUGCUCUGAGAAAAGUCUCAUUGAUGAUGAGCAAAAGUUCCCUGGAGAGCAGAGGAAAAGUGUUGAGGAGAUGGAGGUGGAAGCGACAGCAGCAGACCAAUGUGAAGCUGCUCACGACACCAGCACAGAGCGAAAUGUGAGGCGCAUGACUCGUUCUUUGAAGAAUGCCGUACAGCAGCAGCAGAUGAUCAACAUGGACAGGGCUUUGCAGAUAUUGGACCAAGAAACUCCCCCUCUGGUUGUAGACAAAGAAAGAUUAAAGGGGCUCUUGGAGAAGGUGGUGAUCAAAACAGAUGGAUACGAAGUCUUCAAACUAGAGAAACUCUAUGCGCUGAUCUGCCAGAGCAUCUAUAGACACAGAGGGGACUAUGACAAAACAGCACUAAUACAGGAACUGGAACUAGAGGUCGAUGACUUCUGUUGAUUUUCUCUCAAGUUCUUCCUGAUGCAGGAUUCAAGGAGCUCUGCCUCAGCUCCGUAAAUGUUUAAAUGUAUUGUUCAGUUUGUAGAAUUUUCCAGGCACUUGUUAUUAAUUGUCAUGAAUUGAGUCUUUGUAUUUUCCUAUAUUUAAAUAAAUC